CAAGCGGGCCCAGCGCGAGGAUGGUGCUCCUCGGAAAGUUUGCCCAGGACUGCGAGGGAAGAGGAAGCCUCUACCAGAAGACCAAGUUCCGUUAUGGCCUGUACGAGUUCGCUCUACUAAGGGCGUGCGAGGACGCUUUACGGGCAACGGAAACCCUCCCGAACUACCCCAAGUGCUGGCUCAAGGCGGGCGACGCCCUCGCGGCACUGAGGAAACCCAAAGAGGCGGCGGGAUACUACCAGGUCGCGCUGGACCUCGAUCCUUCCAUGGAGAGCUACCUCAAGCCCAAGAUCGCCGCGUGAGUGAUGAGGGGAACGGGGUUGAGCGCUGGUAUCGAGGUGUGCGUCCUAUGCUGGCGCUGGUUGACUCCUUUUUCGUUUGUUUUUUCGAGGACAAGAAGAGCCCAGGGUAGCAUAGCGGUGGCUUCGUAGUGUUGGGCUGCCUUCCUGCGGUUCUAAAACACUCGGUGAUACCGCCUGUUGUGUUGUUUUCGCUGUGAUCAUGUAUAAGUUCUCCGCGUCGGGAAGUGAGUGCUCUUCGUGUUGUUGGCACUGCUGUGUUGCUGCUGUAUGCGAUUGUUUCAUGUCUCCCUUUUGCUCG